UUCAGUCCAACUCCGAGCGGUCUUGGAAGACAUGCCGUGCCUUAAAAUAUUCACUAAUUUAACAAACAGUUUCAUACCCAAUGAUUUUGUUAAUAAAAUAAUACCGGUCCUAUCCAAGGCUGUGCAAAAAUCACCUGAGAAAUUUAUAUGCCUGAUAUCCCCCGACUGUGCCUUAUCGAUAGGAGGCGAGUCGUCCACACCAGGCGCUGUCGCCACCCUGGAAUCGAUUGGUAACCUGGGCCCAAGCCAAAAUAAAGUCAUCGCCAAAGAAAUAACAGAUUUCGUCGAAAAGGAAUUGGGAAUCUCGAAAGACAGAUUUUUCUUAACAUUCUACGAUUUGAAGAACUUUAAUGUAGCUAAAGGAGGAAUCACCGUCGAUGUAUUGGAACCUUGAAGUACAUAUUAAAAAUAUAUGUUUAUCACAUAUGGUACAUACUUAGAUACAAAAUCUUAAGCAUAAAUCGUAAUCAUAAUUCAAAAUUAUUCCAAAAUGAACUACAUACCUGACCUGACCUGACCUGACCUGACCGCAAUAUUCAAAAGCUAAAGGUACAAAAAUAAAUGUAUAUGCCUACAAGAAGAUUUUAACAUUGUUUCGUG